AUGAGAGAAGAGAUAGUACCAGACCCCAGCGCUGCCCGAUCCCGCAACCGCAACCGCAAAAAGCAAAGUGAGGUGACGAUCAUCGGCGGGAUGCGCUCGUCUUCACCUGCCCCGCCGGGCCUUUCGAGCGGAUCCUCUUCAUCUCCGUCGAUCACGUCGGUCGAGACCUCGUCUACCGGUGUUGGCUUUGGAUUCGGCGGGGGAACAACUGGUCUUCGUCGAGAUAGUGUUGAUGUGAGAAGUGAUGGAAGUGGUGUUUCGGCCCCCGUAAUCACAGCCAUGGCUACUCCAACCGGAACUCCAACUACUCCUGCUCCUGCUCCUCUUCCUUCUGACAGAAACGGAAACGGAAAUGGGGCCAUGGAGCAGCGUUCGUCCCGCGCCUCAUCCUCAUCGUGGAGUACUGCUGCGCCAUCAGCUGCAUCGGCUGCGUCAGCUGGGGUCAUGGAGAAUGAUGCUCAGUCGCAGGAUCCGAGUGAUAGGCUUUAUACAUGCUUAUUCCAUAUGCUUGAUUGCCAUGACUCUUUUGAUGACUUUGCGCAAUGGAAAACGCAUGUUUUGAGUCAUUUCCGAACACAUCCGCCUCCGCGAACGGCGCGGUGUCCUCUCUGUUCGGAUGCAGAGUUUGUCGAUGAAGGUGAUGAUGAGUCGUUAUUGUUAUCGCCCUUGUCCAUAGUAGAGUCGAGUAUCGCUGGCCUCGGUAUUAGUGACAAGUCUAACGAGAGGAUACCUGGUCAAAACCAUCAAGAUGAGACCAUGAUAACGACAAUCCCAGAUAACAAAGAAGCUAUCCAACAAGAAGAAUCAGCCUGGCUUCGUAUGUUGGAUCAUGUCGCAACAGCCCACUACCAAAGGGGUGAGACCUUAGCGGGCAGUCGACCAGAUUUUGAACUCAUGCGGUAUCUCUAUGGACGGCGAAUUAUAACUGAUGCUCAGUUCAAGGCUAUGCAGCUUGCGCCUGCACCUUCGAGCCCGGCUUAUCACCGUUCGCAGGAUAGAGUUCGUGCCAGUAUUGGAUCCUCAGAUGAGCCAUAUUAUGCACCUUAUAGUCGGCGACGAGAGGAGAGAAUGAGAGGGGCAACAAAAGGGGUUAGUGUUGUCUGA